CAAUAAUGACAGUAAUAUUACAAAUAAAAUAAUAUUCAGUGCAAAGUAGCCUACAAAUUAUUUGAAGGGGGGCGGUAAGGGUCUGGGAUAGUGAUUAGGGGGAUGCUGGCCUAAAAAAGGUUGAGAAACACUGUCCUAAGCUAUUAUUUAUGUCCAGACACUACCUCUUUUGUACUUGACUGACUCUUGAGAAUCAGGGAUUUUCCAAUGAAAGAAUGGUAGUUUAUCGCAUGGUCAGAGGGACAUCUCCACUAGUGGCUUUGGAUCUUUAGACCAAAAAGGAAACAAAACAAAGAUUGCAUAUACUGCUAAAUAAACAAGCAAUAGAUAAGGUAUGCUUCAAGCUAGUUAACUAGCAACCAAAAUAUUGUAUGAGAGCCCCAUCAUUGUCAUGAACAAAACAAAGUAUCCAGGCGCAGAGAACUUCUUAAUGUUUUGAUAUUUUAAUGAAGCAAAGAUAGUUAUAUAAUAUUUGAGCAUAAAAACUAAAACUGUGGGGAGAUGAAAGGUGAAAGCAGUCGAAUCCAGGGUGAAUGAAAGAAGAGGGACUUAAAUGCUGGGAGCUUGACUGGGUGAGGAGCAGAUGCCCGAUUAGAGAAAGUCACAGUUGUGAAAAGACAUUAAUGGCAUAGAGGAGCAAGGAGCAAUAAAACUACGAAACAGGCUGAACAUAAUCUAAAAGAAAUAAUAAAUAACUAUUUAUUAUUAAUUAAAAUAAGAACAGACUGAUCUAAAGAAGGAAACAAAGGCUGAUCAAAAUAAGGAAAGAGAAAAUGAGGAAUGACAAAAGACAGGCAGAGACACAAAUAAUCAAAAUACAACUCUUGAAAAAAUCCACAACCCAAGUUCCUGACAACCACCUUCAGUUACCAGUUAUUUUCUUUAAUUAAGCACAGGACUUGAAAUUUAGACUUUAAAUUAAACAGUAUUUUCUUUGUUUUUAAUCUCACUAAUGCUACGAAGUCCUCCACCUAAUAUACUUUUGUUAUUCUAUCUCAUUUGUUUGUGCAGGUAUCGACUGUCAAUCUAUUAUCUAGUGAUCCUGGUGGAGAAUGCCACUCUCAGUGCAUUGUGGUAUCUUUACAGAACACCUAAAACCACUGACGCCUUUGCAGUCCCAGCACUCUGUGUCAUUUUCAGCAGUUUUCUUACUGGUCUGGUUUUCAUGCUCAUGUACUAUGCUUUUUUCCAUCCCAAUGGUACUCGCUUUGGACGCUCUACUAGCUGUCAAGGGCAUGAUAUGGACCCAACAGCUCAGUUCUCCACACUACCUUCUGAUGGUGGAACCAACUCACUGCGUUCCAACCGAGGAACUACUGGAACCUUAGAGCGUGACACUGGAAAGUAUUCAGAACGGGAUAGCUGUAUCCCAGUGUUUCAGGUCCGACACCCAGUGCCAUCCACUCCUUCAUCCCGUGCUCCACGCCUAGACGAGACUAUUAUCAAACUUGACCUUUGUAGGAAUCAAUACCCAGCCUGGGAACGUCACAUUCUUGACCGCAGUAUACGGAAAGUCAUCUUGGCUAUGGACUGUUCCAUGACUCCUCCUCGUCUGAUGUACAAGGAUGAUGCCAUGGUGCAUGAGCGACUGGAAUAUGAAACUACGUUGUAGUUUACCUGUUGUGAUAGUAGCAGUGCAGCAUCAUGUUGGUCUAUAAAACAGCUGGAGGAUUUGUGGC